AUCUAAAUCAUCUUUCGUAAUUGACAUUUAUACCUGUCAUUUGAGAAAAAGUUACUAUUUUGAGGAUGAUAUAUCGUCACAUUUUGAAUUCAUGGCACAAUACGCUGCCAUUUCGUUGAUAUAUACGAAAAGAAAUCAUACAAUCGUUCCGAAAUGCACUUUGUUUUUUCAAAUUGAAUUGGCGUAAUAUUUUCAAAUAACACAUAGAAUUUCCUUUCUCAAACAAUGGUAAAACUCGAUAGUUUAUUUCCUUUAAUACUAAAAUCAUUGUUGUUGUAUAUUCUAACAGGUGAUGGGUGUUUUUCAGGUUGUGAUAAUAGUGAUAUUCAACAGAAUCUUCGUGACUUUGAAUGUGUGGAAGUGUGGAGUGUGAAGUUAAGUCUUGCUCUCUUCGUCAUCCUUGUAAAAUUAACAUCAGAACUUUCUGAAGCCCAAGGAAGCUGUGAUAUUUCCUCGAAGCUAUGCUUAUGGAAAUCCAUCUUACGUCAUGGAUUACAGUUUUCCACCCAAACAUUAUUACCAGAGCUACGAUAUUUAUGGAUAACACUAAAGUAGCUAUCAAUUAACCGUCCCAAGAAACGCAUUUUAUUUGAUCUCAUCUCGUCCAUGGCUCAGAAAGUGAACACAAAGAAAGUGUUGUAUUUUUUAUGUAGUCAGUUUGUUUAGUGUCACUCGUCGAUGUAUGAACAGU